AUGGAGGCGAUCGGUCAAAGUAAAACCAAGAAAUUAAAUAGCCACAGGACCAAGUCAGCAGGCUGGCCGCCCCCUUCAGGGACGUGGAGUACCUCGCAGGGACCCCCCAAUGGAUGGGACAUGGGCACCAAUAGAGAGGGGCGUGACUUCUACAUCAACCAAUUCAGCCAAAGCAGCUCCCUGGAAGAGGUUCGCCUAGAUGGAGACAAGUUUGUCCCACCAGCACCCCGAAAGGUGGAGAUGAGACGAGAUCCGGUUCUCGGUUUUGGCUUCGUGGCAGGCAGUGAAAAACCAGUAGUGGUUCGCUCAGUCACACCAGGGGGUCCAUCAGAAGGCAAGCUGAUCCCAGGAGACGAGAUCAUCAUGAUCAAUGAUGAACCAGUCAGUUCCGCACCCAGGGAGAGGGUUAUUGACCUUGUCAGGAGCUGCAAGGAGUCCAUAUUGUUGACAGUUGUUCAGCCCUACCCCUCGCCCAAGUCGGCAUUCAUCAGCGCAGCCAAAAAGGCCAAGUUAAAGACAAAUCCUGUGAAAGUCCGCUUUGCCGAAGAAGUCAUCAUCAACGGCCAGGUUCCUGAAACUGUGAAGGACAACUCGCUUCUUUUUAUGCCAAAUGUUCUCAAGGUCUACCUGGAGAAUGGUCAGACUAAAUCAUUUAAAUUUGACAGCAACACAUCUAUUAAGGAUGUCAUCUUAACACUGCAAGAGAAGCUAUCCAUUAAGAGCAUUGAACACUUCUCUCUGAUUUUGGAGCAUAGAGCUGAAGGAUCAGCCAGCAAGCUCAUGCUGCUCCAUGAGCAAGAGAUGCUAACUCAGGUGACAAAGAGGCCGGGGUCACAUAAAAUGAAAUGUUUUUUUCGCAUCACUUUCGUCCCAAAGGACCCAUUAGAGCUGCUUAGGAGAGACGCAACAGCAUUUGAGUAUCUCUAUGUCCAGAGCUGUAAUGAUGUGGUACUGGAACGAUUUGGGUCAGAGCUGAAAUAUGACACUGCCCUCCGUCUGGCCGCCCUGCAAAUGUAUAUACUAACCCUCAAUACCAAACAGUCCCAGAAAGUGUCCCUCAAAUAUAUUGAGAAGGAAUGGGGGCUGGCCUUGUUCCUGCCUCCUGCAGUGUUGUCCAGCAUGAAAGAGAAAAACAUCAAAAAAGCCCUCACUCACAUCCUCAAAACCAACCAGAAUUUGGUUCCACCUGGUAAAAAGCUGACCGCCUUGCAAGCUAAGGUCCAUUAUCUAAAGUAUCUCAGUGACUUGAGGCUCUAUGGUGGUCGGGUGUUUAAGUCUACACUUAUUCAAGGCGAGAAACACACUGAAGUGACCUUGUUGGUUGGGCCCAAAUAUGGCAUCAGCCAUGUGAUUAACACCAAAACAAACUUGGUGGCACUGCUGGCUGAUUUCAGCCAUGUCAAUCGUAUUGAGAUGUAUGCAGAAGAAGAAAACAAAGUGAGAGUGGAGCUCCAUGUUCUUGAUGUUAAGCCCAUCACUCUCUUAAUGGAGUCUGUUGAUGCAAUGAAUCUGGCCUGUCUGACCGCUGGGUACUACAGAUUACUGGUGGACUCUCGGCGCUCUAUCUUCAGUGUGGCCAAGAAGACAGACGGUUCUGACAUAAGCCAUGCAGCAAGGAUCAAGCAGAAUUACCAGGCAAUCGAGUGUACAUAUAGCACACCCCAGAAGGGAUAUGAAGACAAAAACAACCAGAGGUGCAGCCAGGAUUUUUCAGACCGGGAGUGUGAAUACCUUGACCACAGCAGAUGUGAAGGCCAACCAUCCUACAUGGCUGAGAUUCACCAGGCUCAGCAUGCGAUACGUCUGGUUGAAAGAGCAGAGUUCUGCAGGAUACCACCCACCCAAACAUACCUUAAUGUCCCACGAGCCAAAGGCCAAGAACCAUGUAGGAAUGCAAAGGUGUCUUUCAUAUUUGGAGAUCCUCCCUUGGACACUGUAAACCCUCAAAAUCUGGGUUACCAGAGACUAAUGGAUGACAGUUCCGAGAUUAUAGACAAUCACAGCCCAAUGUACAGGCGUCUUGAGGAGGACUACAAGAUGAUGGAUGCCCUAGAAGACGGUGAUGUGUACCAGUAUUCCACCAAAAUGUUUGAGGAGCCGCUUCUGCAUGAUAUCUGUUACGCAGAGACAACUGAUGACGCAGAGGAUGAAGAUGACAUUAGCUGCGAAGAGGACAUGGUGAUGAGUGACAUUGACAAGCCUACAUUGUUCUCCCUCUCAGGGUCCAGCGAUGACAUCAUUGAUUUGACCUCUCUCCCUCCCCCGCCGGAGUGUAACGACGAGGAGGAUAGUGACGUACUGCUGCACUCUCUUAACCUUGCAAUUGCCGCUCCUCCUCCUGGCUUCAGGGACAGCUCAGAUGAGGAGGAGCAGCAGGAGACUGGGAGUCAAGCCCAGGGGGGCUGCAAUGACAUCCCCGUGUCCCUCAUUGAUUCAGUACCGGCCCACAGAGCUCAAAAUCAGGGGGAACCCCUGGACGAGGCUGUUGUGUCAACUUUGCAGGCGCUCGAGGCCCUCGCUGCAUCUGAAGAACCCGCGCAACCUGAGAACAGCACAGGUGUCGAAAUAUCACGAGCAUUCAGUCCCGAGUCGUCCGACUCCGGCAAUGAGACAAACUCAUCCGAGAUGACUGAAAGUUCUGAACUGGCCUCCACCCAGAGACACUCAGACCACCACUUGAGGAUGCAUUUAGCUGUGGCAGAAGGUUACCAUGCCACAAAUGACGAAAAGACAGAAGGUCUUGGUGAUGGUGGAGCCGGAAAUACGCAGGAGCAAAUCGAGGAGCUAAAAUCCACGGCCACUGCCUCUUCACAGCUUUUUCACUCUGACGGUGGCGAGAUGGAGCCAGAGACAAUGGAAAUCAAAUCAGUCAGCGAAUACUUUACAAAGUUACACAUUGGCUCAGUUAUGAGCAAACACAAAGGAAAACAGGGCGAGUUAGAGAACCAAAUUCAAGGAGACACAUGUGAUUCGUCAGAAAGAUCCCACGUGACUUCCCAAGACCAAGCCAAAGAAGAGCCUCCGCAUCUUGUUGGGAGGUAUAAUACCUUCACGGUGAGAGAUUCCUAUUAUGUCAAUCAGCUGGAUCUAGGACGAACGCCCCUCAAAGACCGACAUCAAAAAUGGCUGCACAGAGCGCCAGCAAACAAAAUGGACGAGGCUCUCUCCCCCGAAUAUGUGAAUGAGUCACAGGCCUCCCACACAGACAGGUUGACAGUGAAAGGAGGAAAACAGGACUCUGAUGAAAGAAGCCAACCGUUAAAUGCCCAACUCCGCUCUCCUUCCAAAGGACCGGAGGGCAAUGAUACUUCACGGGAUGGUGAGCAGCAAAUUAAGGCGACGUCAUCAGAGCAAGAUGUCACAAGGCUAUACGAAUACCACUUGAGCAAGCGCAUGUCAUCCUUGCAAAGUGAGGGGGCUCAUUCUCUCCAAAGUUCACAGUGUUCCUCUAUAGAUGCCGGAUGUAGCACAGGUAGCAGCAGCUGUGUCACUCCAAUGGAUUCUCCUCUUUGUGUCACGGACAACACACAUGUUCUGUCCGAGUCUUCCCUGAAGGGGCUGAGUUAUGUAACAUGUGCUGAGGAUAAGGUCUAUGUUCCUUCAGGCCAAAAUAAAGAAGGGACGCAACUACGAAAGACCCAGGCAACGACCAGUUCUGACUCUGGGUUUGGAAGUAGCCGGGACAGUGGUCACAGAUUAUCAAAGAUAAAAGAAACCACAGCCUGCGCACAACAGCGGAUGCUUGAAGAAGAUACAUCUUUACCGCUCUGUCAUGAGACCAGUAACACCACCACAGUAAUGUCACCAUUGUUAUUAGCAAGCUGCACAGAGCCCAGUGGGCUAAAAUGGGCCGGUCCUGAGUCCAACCCACAUGCCCUGCCUUCCCCAUCCAGCGAAUUCUCACGUGACAUUGUCAAAGGCAGCCUCAGGAAGCCACGGAGGGUUCCAAUGCACAGGAGAAGCUGGAGUACAAUAGUGCCAAGCUCCAGGAGUUUUGAGGCAUUGUUAGAAAAGACCAAAGCCACGUUCACAGGCAAGAGCGCAGGUCAGAAAUUUGAGUCACAACAUCGCUCAAAAGCUCAGCGCAUACUUUAUGCCAAAACUGUCACCAAAAGUUUGUCACACGGUUCGGUCACCUUAAACUCAACGUGUGGGUGGCUGCCACAGUCAGCAACAGCACAGCUGGAUGCAGGUGCAUGGAGAUGGCGUAGGCCGGUCAAUUGCUGCUUCAUUUGGCGACAGAAAACAACAGAGCACGACGACCGAAAACCAUCCAAAACAGUGUCCUUUGUCAGCUCGAGCGGUGAUAAGCAAGGGUGCAAUAGAGCUGAGCAGAGCAACAUGGCCAAAAUGAGCCUGGAGGAAAGGUUAGCACAUGUAAAUUCAAUGAAGGGCAAAACCUACAGCCUUCGCACAGGGUUUGCGCUCGCACGGACAGACGCCUUAGAGAUGGUGAGCUUGCUGCGGUCAGGGUACACAUCUCGAGGUAAAAACACUGAGGCCUGCGACACCAACACGGAAAACUCUCAGCUGCUCAUCACGCAGGCUAAAGCACUAAGCGGCGCCUGCACUCAAAUGGCCGCAGAAUAUGGAAGCCCGGAGGAGUUGCUGCUCACACUGACCCACAGUUUCCACACACUCUGCUGCCUCACACAGGCCUGCAUGUCCCUCGCGGAAGGCCUGCGCAGCGACACGGAGCGACACAAAGUAGUAGCCAAGGUGGAUGAGGUGGUCAUCAACUAUGUGUGUCUGUUAAAAUCUGCCGAGGCAUCUUUGGUCAGCUCCCCCGAAGACCCCAGUGUGAAGGCACUGAUGCAGCACUCGGCCAACGUGUCUGCCAUCAUAGACAAACUAAUCCACUUAAUGACAACACUGUGCUACGAAUAA